GGCAACACCACGAUCAUCGACGAACAAAUGAAAUACGGCAACGUCACGCACGUAUUGAAGUGGUAGAGUGAUUGUUCAUUCGGCGUUCUGAAAAACUAGUAAAUUUACAAAUUGUAAUUUUAAUUUUCUACUAAAAAUGGCAGAUAGUAAAGGUAAUCCUGAUGAUUUAUCGACCGCGAUCCUGCGCCGCAAGGACAGGCCCAACCGCCUCAUCGUGGAGGAGGCCGUCAGCGAUGACAACUCCGUGGUGGCGCUCUCACAGGCAAAAAUGGAGCAGCUACAACUGUUCCGUGGAGACACCGUGCUCCUGAAGGGUAAACGCCGCAAGGAAACCGUCUGCAUCGUGCUGUCGGACGACAACUGCCCCGACGAGAAGAUCCGCAUGAACCGCGUGGUGCGCAACAAUCUGCGCGUGCGACUGUCGGACGUCGUGUCCAUCGCGCCCUGCCCGUCCGUUAAGUACGGGAAGCGAGUGCAUAUACUGCCCAUUGAUGACUCCGUUGAAGGGUUGACUGGUAACCUGUUCGAGGUGUACCUGAAGCCGUACUUCAUGGAGGCUUACAGGCCCAUCCAUCGCGAUGACACGUUCAUGGUGCGCGGUGGCAUGCGAGCUGUGGAGUUCAAGGUCGUGGAGACUGAUCCGUCUCCAUACUGCAUCGUGGCUCCUGACACUGUCAUACAUUGCGAGGGAGACCCCAUUAAACGUGAGGAGGAAGAAGAAGCUCUGAACGCUGUUGGGUACGACGACAUCGGCGGCUGCCGCAAGCAGCUGGCUCAGAUCAAGGAGAUGGUGGAGCUGCCUCUGCGCCACCCCUCGCUGUUCAAGGCGAUCGGUGUGAAGCCGCCCCGCGGUAUACUCAUGUACGGGCCCCCUGGUACCGGCAAGACGCUCAUCGCUCGCGCUGUGGCUAAUGAGACCGGUGCAUUCUUCUUCCUGAUCAACGGUCCUGAGAUCAUGUCGAAGUUGGCCGGUGAAUCCGAGUCUAACUUGCGCAAGGCGUUCGAGGAGGCCGACAAGAACUCGCCAGCCAUCAUCUUCAUUGAUGAACUAGAUGCCAUCGCGCCCAAGAGAGAGAAGACUCACGGAGAGGUUGAACGUAGGAUCGUGUCGCAGCUGUUGACUCUUAUGGACGGUAUGAAGAAAUCAUCGCACGUGAUCGUAAUGGCGGCCACGAACCGCCCCAACUCCAUCGACCCGGCCCUGCGUCGGUUCGGUCGCUUCGACCGGGAGAUUGACAUCGGUAUCCCGGACGCGACUGGACGUCUCGAGAUCCUCCGCAUCCACACCAAGAACAUGAAGUUGGGAGAUGAUGUUGAUCUCGAACAGAUCGCGGCAGAAUCUCACGGUCAUGUGGGCGCCGACUUGGCGUCACUCUGCUCCGAGGCAGCUCUGCAACAGAUCCGUGAGAAGAUGGAUCUCAUUGAUCUCGAAGACGACCAGAUUGAUGCCGAAGUCCUCAACUCGCUCGCCGUCUCUAUGGACAACUUCCGGUACGCUAUGACGAAAUCAUCGCCGUCGGCUCUGCGCGAGACAGUGGUGGAGGUGCCGAACGUGACGUGGGGCGACAUCGGAGGCCUGCAGAACGUCAAGCGCGAGCUGCAGGAGCUCGUGCAGUACCCCGUGGAGCACCCCGACAAGUUCCUCAAGUUCGGCAUGCAGCCCUCGCGCGGAGUACUGUUCUAUGGACCUCCGGGUUGCGGUAAGACUCUGUUGGCGAAGGCGAUCGCUAACGAGUGCCAGGCUAACUUCAUCUCGGUGAAGGGCCCUGAGCUGCUCACCAUGUGGUUCGGAGAGUCCGAAGCUAACGUCAGAGAUAUCUUCGAUAAGGCUCGGUCAGCGUCUCCUUGCGUGCUGUUCUUCGACGAGCUGGACUCGAUCGCGAAGUCUCGCGGCGGCUCCGUGUCGGACGCGGGCGGCGCCGCCGACAGAGUCAUCAACCAGAUCCUCACUGAGAUGGACGGCAUGGGCGCCAAGAAGAACGUCUUCAUUAUUGGUGCGACAAAUCGUCCCGACAUCAUCGACCCGGCCAUCCUGCGGCCCGGGCGCCUGGACCAGCUCAUCUACAUCCCGCUGCCCGACGAGAAGUCACGCGAGGCCAUCCUCCGCGCCAACCUGCGCAAGUCGCCCAUCGCCAAGGACGUCGACCUCUCUUACAUCGCCAAGGUGACACAAGGCUUCAGUGGUGCCGACCUGACAGAGAUCUGCCAGCGCGCCUGCAAGCUCGCCAUCCGCCAGGCCAUCGAGGCCGAGAUACAGCGCGAGCGGACCCGCCAGCAGCAGCCCGCCGCCGCCGUCAUGGACAUGGAUGAAGAGGACCCCGUGCCGGAGAUCAGCCGCGCCCACUUCGAGGAGGCGAUGAAGUUCGCGCGCCGCUCCGUGUCAGACAACGACAUCCGCAAGUACGAGAUGUUCGCGCAGACGCUGCAGCAGAGCCGCGGCUUCGGCACCAACUUCAGGUUCCCGGCGAGCGGCGGCGCGGCGGGCGGCACGGGCACGUCGGGCGGCGACCAGCCCACGUUCCAGGAGGAGGGCGGCGACGACGACCUCUACAGCUAGGCGCCUACACUACACAUAGAGAUCGGUUCACUCGGCGGUCGGCGGGCGGCCUCUCGCCCUCCACAGAAUAAAUAUUAUAAUAUAAAAACGGCGUGCACCUCUUUGCGCGUCGCGGUCGAUUCAAUUUCAACCAAUCUGUGUCUAAUAAUAUGUAAAUGUAUUUAUUUUAUAAUUGAAUCAUUCGAUAGCAUUUGUUUCUGUUCCGAUUUGCUUAUGUUUAGUUGUAAUUGGUAAAAUAAUGUUUGUGUAUGUACCGCUCGCCCCAGCGGGCGAGUAUGUAAGAUCAUAUGAUAUAGAGUAAUUGUUAACUUUACUGUAUUUGCCAGAUCCUGUGCGUAGGCGGUGUUGGUGGGGAUGCCUAGGCAACCACGCCGACUUAACACAAUAUUACAGUGAUUUUUUUAAUAAAAGAUUUUUAUAGACUA